GGUUGCUGGGCAACGCGCGUUCCGUCUCCGGAAGCGCGAGGUUCUGCCGGGCCAUGGGGCUUCAGGCAGUGGCGCUUCUUCUGCCGGUGCUCCUGGACUGCUGGGCCUCCGUGUGUGCUCAGGUCGGGGCCACGCCGCCGGCGCCGACGGAGGGCCUGAAAAGCACGGAGGCCGCCCUGACGACUGUUCGGCCCGCAUUGUCGCCCAGGCCCCCCGCGACUCCCAGGCCCCCCAGGCCCACCUCCGGCCCCCGGCCCACCCCGGUCACGGACGUUGCUGCUUUGUGCGUCUGUGACUUGUCUCCAGCUCGGUGUGACGUCAACUGCUGCUGCGAUCCCGACUGCAGCCCCGUGGAUUUCAGUGUCUUUUCUGCCUGUUCAGUUCCAGUUGUCACGGGUGAUCGUCAGUUUUGCAGUCAAAAAGCAGCUAUCUACUCCUUGAAUUUUACAGCGAACCCACCCCAAAGAGUCUUUAAACUUGUUGACCAGAUUAAUCCCUCCAUAUUCUGUAUUCAUAUUACAAAUUAUAAACCUGCAUUAUCCUUCGUUGAUCCAGAAGUACCUGAUGAAAGUAAUUUUGAUAAAUUGAUGAAAACAUCUCCUGGCUUUUCUUUGAAUGCAGAAUCAGAUACUUCUUUCACAAACACAUCAGAUGCUCCAAAGGCUGGUAAAUAUGAGUACGGCGUUCCGGUGCAGACGGAAGAUGGAUUCCUGCGAUUCCCAGCUCCCCUCAUGUCAGCUCUGUGCACCGAUAAUAACCCUGCAGCUUUUCUGGUGGAUCAAGCUGUUAAGUGCAGCAGAAGGAUAAACUUGGAGCAGUGUGAAGAGGCCGAAGUGCUGAGCAUGGCCUAUUACAGCAGCCCUAAAAUUCUGAAGAUUCCGAAUUCAACAGCCAAGGUCUCUCUCGACGUGCGGUCCAUCGUCCUCCGUUCUCUCAACAAGACGCUGUCCCGGCUGGACAGCCCUGGGGUGCUGCGGCCGGUGCUCACAGAGGCUGGGCACAUGAAAGUCUGCAGAAAUGCGGUUCUCGAGGUGAAGUACAGCCUCACGUAUUCCCCCGCGGGAGAAGUAACGGACGCUGCACUCUCCGUCCUCCUGGGGACACUGAGCAGCGCCCAGAUGCCCCUCCAGCAGACGUUCAGCAUUCACUUUACCCAGCAAACCACAAAGCCUGUUCCUCUCAGUGGCAACCCAGGUUAUGUGGCGGGGCUCCCGCUAGUCGCCGGGUUUCGGCCUCAACGGGGGUCUGGGAUCAUUCAGACCACGAAUAGGUACGAGCAACUUACCGUCCUUCGUAGCACGGCCGAGCAAGACUGCUUGGCCCAGGAGGGGACGCGAGCCCCAGUCCUGUUCGGCUACAACAUGCAAACUGGCUGUCAACUCCGGCUGGCCGGCGCUGUCACCUGUCAGCUGGCUGCGCGGCAGGUCCGGAGCCUGCUGUGGGGCCGCGGCUUCCCGGAUUACGUGGCUCCUUUCGGAAACUCGCGCGCCCAGGACGUGCUGGAUUGGGUGCCCAUCCACGUCGUCACUCAGGCGCCCGCUGUGAAGGACUCCUGCCGGGUCCCGGUGGCUUUAGUUCUGGAAGUGAGAUGGACCAAAUACGGCUCCUUACUGAACCCGCAGGCCAAGAUAGUGAAUGUGACUGCAACCUUGAUUUCAUCCGUGCUCAAGGCCAACCCAGGCGCUGAAAGGACAAUUCCUAUUUCCACUGCGGUCACCUUUGUGGACGUGUCCGCCCCAGCAGAGGCAGGCUACCGGGCUCGGCCCACCAUCAACGCCAAGCUACCUUUCGACUUCUUCUUCCCGUUUGCCUGA